AUGUACUUUGAUCGGAUCCCCCCACAUUUCGAACUUUGCGCAACGAAAAAUAUUUCCGACAGUGACAAGUUCCACGGAGCGUCUACCCAGAGUGAGCAAAUGACGGAAGUGGAGGCUCAUUCCCCCGGCUCUGGCCCAUCCAGUCCUCUUUCGGUGAACUCCGACUCCGUCUGCUCCAGUCCUGAGCCAAAACUAUCCGCAGAGAAGCGUGUCAGGAGGCCGCUAAACGCUUUUAUUAUCUGGACCAAGGAGGAACGCAGACGCUUGGCCCAGCUCAAUCCAGAACUGGAAAACACCGACCUCAGCAAAAUUCUCGGUAAGCACUGGAAAGCCAUGUCUCUGGCAGAGAAACGGCCCUAUAUGCAGGAGGCAGAGCGGCUCCGGGUGCAGCACACCAUCGACCAUCCCCACUACAAGUACCGGCCUCGUAGGAAGAAACAGCUGAAGAAGUGCCCCAAAACCCAGCCUGUGGAGGCCACAGCUACUCACUCUGGCUUUUGUGGCAAGGGCUUCACCAUGCCCUAUGACCUCAACUACCUCGUCCAGAACCAGUGCCAUCAGCAACAAUCCUAUCCCAACCCGGACAUCUACCAAAACUCCCAGGCCUACUUCUCCCAUGUACCCGGGACCUACCAAAACAUGGCAGUUUACACAGACCCAGCUCCCACAUUCCCGAACAAGCCACUGUUGUACUCUCACACGUACCAAACAGAGCCUCAUCCGUACUACCCUACCCAGCAUGGACUGCAGCAGCAUGGCUCCCCCACCCCAGCCUGUGCUGCUUCUCAUGGAGAACAGGGGGUGUUCAGAGGGAGGGGUCCCCAACGGUCCUCUUCCACCGGGCCAUCCUUGGAGUUCUAUCUGGAGCAGGUUCAACUGGACAUGUUGUAUGAUCUGGACCGCAGCGAGUUCGAGAAAUACCUGGGACCCGCCUCACACCGGCCCGAGCCAAUCGAGUCCGGUUAUCAGCAACAGGGCAGCCUACAGGAGGCCUGA